AUGGCCUCGGGAGCAGAGUUCCGGCAGGAUAUGCCUCCAAAAGGAGGCUAUCGAGCCUUCAACUUCCAUCGCACAUUCCCGAAACUCGUCUGGAGUCCUGGAGCCGUCGUCGCCACCAUCUUCGGAGCUACCGCUUACGGAGUGUACGCCGCACUUGAAGGAAAGAAAGCUGAUAUCACUGAAAAAUUCGAAGAUGUCGAUAUCAACAACGCCAUGCAACCUUUUCUGACUGCCGAGCGUGAUAGAUAUUGGCUUAAAUUGAUGGCCAAAAAUCGUGCCCUCGAGGAGGAAAUCAUGAAAGAUGUUCCAGGAUGGAAAGUUGGAACCUGGUAUGGAGAGCCAGUGUUCUUCACCCUUGGAGACAAGUGGUGGGAUCCAUCAGCAACUGAGGUCUUCGCGCACUCGUGGGGAUCCGUCGAAGCCCGUGAUCACCUCUGGCGCCAACACUCCGAGUACGCUGGUCCGAAAUUCUACGAUAACUGGUUCCCACAAUGGAUGUCCAAGUGGUUCUGGUAG